GUUCAAUCUUUCUCGUUCACAACACUUCUUCCCUUUUACCCUUACACUCAAUUAGAUUGUUUAUUGUUUAUUUACAUAUAAAAUGGGGAAGAAAGUUCGCGUAAGCAAAAAUAGGAAGAAAAAUUGGAAUAAAGUUUGUGACAUAAAAGAUGUUGAAGAAUAUCUCGAAGAAAAAAGAUUAGAGGAAAGAAUUGGUGGUUCUGUUUUUGAAAAAACUGAUGAUCAAUUGUUUGUUAUCCAAACUGAUACUAAAGAUGACGUUCUCUCUAAAAAGACUGGGAAACCAUUAAGGUGCUUUUCAAAUAUUGGAUCUUAUACAAAAGUUCCACCUCCAAUAAACAUAUCUCAAAAACCAUAUAGUAAAAAAAUUAAAAAUAAUCUUACUCGAGCUGUUGAGAAAAGGAGCAAAAGAGUUGCAAAAGCCCCCCAGCUGAAGAAAGAUGUUCCUCAGAAAGUUGUUCAAAAAGGAGAUUUAUUUGCUGCAGAAAUUAGAGAUUUGUGGGCUGAUGAAGGAAAAUCUGUAGAUCCAGAAAUUGAAGACCUGAUAAAAUUCCGUGAUGAAUAUACUUGCAAGAGGACUCCAAAAGUUCCUGAACAUAGAUACCAAAAGCCAUCUCUUUUACCUGCAGUUGAAGUUCCACAUUCCGGAACAUCUUACAAUCCUGAUUUCUUCGAUCAUCAGGAUCUUCUUAGAGAAGCUGUAAAAGUUGAAGAAUCAAAACAGAAGGAAGAAAUGCAUUUAAAAAGAGUUCUUACUGAUAUGUUCCCAUCUAAAGCAGAAGCUCCUACUCAAGAAUCCAUCUUACAAGAGAUGUCACAAGGAUUAUUUGAAGAAGCAGACCCGGAAGAAGACAAUCAGACGGAAACUGCCUUACUAUCAUAUAAUCCACCUGUAUCGCAUGAAAAUCGUCUGCCAAAAGCUAAAAGACGAAGAAAGAAAGAAAUGAAGGAAAAGGAAAGGCUUAGAAAAUUGGAGAGGUUACAGAAAAAAAGACUCAGUGAGGUUUAUAGAAUAAAAAGUUUAAAAAGUGAAAUAAAGAAAGAGGCUAAAGAAACUCAGAAGAAAGUAGAAAGAAAUCUACAGAGACGAGCAGAGAAAAUGUUCAAACCAAGAACUCUUAGCAAAUAUAAAUAUGAAAAUCCCGAUUUGGAAGUGAAUCUUUCUGAAGAACUAGGGGAUUCUCUCAGAACCUUAAAACCGGAAGGGAAUCUACUUGAGGACAGAUAUAAAAGUUUACAGAGAAGAAAUCUGAUUGAACCCAGAAUUAGACAAAAGUUCCAAAGAAGGUACAAACUUAAGGUCCAAGUUAAGAGAAGUCAUAGGGAUUUUAAAUAGUUGUGUAAAUUUCCAUGAAAUAAAUUUGUAUUUAAAUUCCUGCA